GACUGCCGAGGCAAAGGUAAGAAUCUCUGAAUUAACUAUGUUAGCUAAAUUUAGUAAUGAAUAAAUUGGCAAAUUGGCUUUAAAUUGACAAUUCAGAGAGUUCAGUAAUAUGUUUCACCUCAAAGAAAAGUGGCAUGUUUAAAUAUGAGAUGAGGGCAAGCAGUUCAACACAGGUAGGUAACAUUCACCAUUUUGGGCAGUAUAUUAUGAUCUAUUAUGACAUCACAUCCACAUAAGUGUGUGAGAUUCUAGAAGUCUCAUUAUUUGUGAACCAAUUAUGAUGUCACAACUGAUCAAUAAAUUCCAAAUGUUCUGUUUGAACAUUCUGGUGUCUGAUUGCUGAAAAUAGAACACUAGUAUCCAAGACAAUCUAGCAGAUUCCUCCUGAGAUAUAGUUAACACAGUAGAUCACCAUAAAAUAUAGAAAGUGCUACUAGACAAGAACUUAGUUGCAGAACCAGGUUAGAAAAAUAUAACUGUCAAUCUCCUUGAUGAUGAGGAGAUUCUUGCAGCCGCUACAGGAAGAUAAUGCUUUAACAGGGAACCUUGGAGCUGCCAGUAGCAACUCCAUUCAGCCUGCCCUGCCAUCUCAACCCAAGGCCACUGAGAAGCUUCCAGCGUUCAAACAAAACAGUUUAAACACCUCCAGAAUCCCAGUACUGGAGUUGACUGAAGAAAGAAAGGGUGCUCUGCAGCGACUUGCCAGUUUGAAGGCUGUGGAAAAGAAACCACAUCCUCCCUCCAGAAUCCCAGUACUGCAGAAGAAGAGGUCCAUCUGCAAUGGGAAGAGUCAAGGACUGCAUGUAGCUCCAACAUCUCAGCAGUCAGGGAAGGCUACUGUUCCUCCCAUCCGGAAGCCACUGCAACCCAUCCGUACCAAGAGGGAUCAAACCUGCGUGGUGAAAGACAUCUACCGCCAUAGUGCCAAGCCAUUGAAGGCAGUCCAUGGAGCCAAUAUGGUCGCCAAGAUGCCACUGCCUCCAAUUAGAGCCAGAGUCACUGUGCCAAACAGUGAUGCCAAGAAGAAGCCAUUCCAGCCAGUCAGACCAGAGGGCAGCCCUCGUCCUGCUUACAGAAGGCAGGUUGUGAAGAAACACGUUCAGUUCAAGACUCAGACCCUAACUGUACAGGAUCUACCGCCGUGCCCCGAUGAGAUGGUAUGGGACGUCUUUAACUCAGAGGCUGAGCAGGUGAUGGCAUAUAUGAAGGCCAAGCUGAUCAGUGUCACCCAAGAAUUGAAACUGAUUAAGAGUGGGGCCAAGAUGGAUGCUCAGGCAUUGGAGGAGAAAAACGCAAAAGUGCGGUUGAGAAAAAAGGUGGAGAAGUUCAUCCAGGAGAUCUGCCUGAUGAAGGUGGAUUCUGACCUAUGGGAGAUGAUAAGAGAUAAUGAAGAAGAGGAAGAAGAGGAAGAAAGGAUUAAAGAGGUGAGGAGAAAUGGAGAAGAAAGCAGUGUGGCAAGUAAGCCGAAGCAGACAGCCACGAGAUACACUGUGAGCAAGCCAAAGGAUGUCAAGAAGGGUUUGAACAUGGAAGAGAAAAAGGAGGACAGACAGGUGGUGUUGAAACGUCGAUUUGGGAUGAGUGCAGCCAACUCCAAGCUGAAGCAGUGUGAGCACUGCGGCCGGUGCUUUGAUCCUAGUCGCCUGGAGAAACACAGCGAGAUCUGUGCCAAGCUCUCCUCCAAGAGCUCUAGACGAGGGGUCUAUGACUCCACCAAGCACCGUCUCAAAGGCACUGUACUGGCUGGCUACGUGAAGCGAUCCGUGGUGUGAUGCACCAAGGGACCUGAGUCUGUCGCUCUUUUGUAUUUUGGAUUGAACAGACAGACAUACAGUGACUGCUAAACCACCAGCUGCCCAAAUGAGGACUUCUACCUUGGAAUCUGUGAGGGUUCCAAUAAGAGGCAGUACUACUAGGAGGCAGUAUUGUAUCCAGAAACGUCUAAACCAACAGUGUUCAGCAGUUCCUCAAAUCUACAGAAACACCUGUAUAAAACACCUCAAUAAAAUCAAAU